AUGGCACCAAUACAAGAAAUUCGAGGAACCAUAUUAUUAUUUAUUUUAUCGAGUGAAACUUGUAUUGAUAAAAAUACAUCGAAAGAAAAAUGCUACGGUGGAUUUUUAAAUGCUGGUGAUACAUAUCAAGGUACUUAUUGGUUCACAAAAUAUAAGUGGGAAAUUGUUGCAAGAGGCCUGAAUAUUUUAAAACCCGAUGCAAUGUGUCUUGGAAAUCAUGAAUUUGACAAAGGUCCAGAGGGACUUAUUCCAUUUCUUAAAAAUGCUUCAUACCCUGUGCUUGCAGCAAACUUGGAUUUAACAGAAGAACCUGAAUUAUCUGCAACAGGAAUAAAAAAUAGUACAAUCCUGAAAGUGAAUGGUUAUAAAAUUGGCAUCAUUGGUUAUCUAACAAACGAAACAAAAAUAACUUCUUUUUCUAGAAAUGUCAAGUUUCUUGAUGAAGUUAUAGUGAUUCAAGAAGAAGCUAAUAAACUUAAAGCUGAUGGUAUAGAUAUCCUGAUAGCGAUGGGUCACUCUGGCUAUGAAAUGGACAAAAUAAUUGCUGAACAAGUUGAUGGUAUUGAUCUUGUAAUAGGUGGCCACUCACAUACUUUUUUGUACAGUGGAAAUCAUUCGAAUUAUGAUACACCUGAAGGACCUUAUCCAACUGAAAUCAAACAAAAAAGUGGUAAAAUUGUUUAUGUCAUCCAGGCUUCAGCAUACACCAAGUACAUGGGACAUGUUGUCGUUAAUUAUGAUGAGAAAGAAAAAAAAGUAAUAAAUAUUACUGGAAGUCCAAUUUUAGUUGAUGAUAGCAUUGAAAAUGAUAAAGAUGCUGUAGCUGAGUUUGAAGAAUUUCGAUUGGCAUUGAUGGAUGUAGAAGCAAAAGUUGUUGGUACUAGUCUAGUUUUACUUGAUGGUGAUUCUAAAAAAUGUAGAGUUGAAGAAUGUAAUUUUGGAAAUCUUUUAACCGAUGCUAUGAUUUAUUAUACAUAUAGACAUGUUAAUUUAACUGGAAAAUGGAAACAACCUUCAGUUGCUUUUGUAGGAGCUGGCAAUAUUCGUGGUUCAAUUGAUCAGCAUUCAAGUUACAAGAUAACAAUGGGUGAAAUUUUAUCAGUUUUGGUAUUUGAUGACCCAGCUAUACUUAUUGAUAUUCCUGGAAAAAUACUUUUUGACGUACUUGAAUGGAGUGUAAAUAAGGGUAACCAAUCUAGUGGUGCAUUUCUACAGUUAUCAGGCAUAAAGGUUACAUAUAAUUUAGAAAAUCCUUUUGGUUCAAGGGUUGUUUCAGCACAAAUUCGUUGUUCUCAAUGUCGAGUUCCUCAUUUUGAAGAUAUUGAUCAUAAUAAAAAUUAUACAGCGAUUACUACUGCAUAUUUUGGUGCUGGUGGUGACGGCUACACGAUGUUUCAGAACUUAGAAUCGAUGUCAUUGAAUAUAAUAAAUGCUGAAAUUCUUAGUCAAUUUAUACAAAUACACAGCCCUGUAUAUCCAGGUAUUGAAUCAAGAAUCACGUUUAUUUCGACUCAGAAAUCAAUUUCAUCCUUGGCUUCGACAAUUAAUAAUAUUGACUCAAAACGAUUUGUGUUCAAUAUUGUCAUAAUUACAAUAUUUUUUAUACGUUUCAUUUUUUAAAAAAAAAAAC